AUGCCAGGCUUUCUCUCUCGCCUUAAAGGCCGUGACGGCCUCAGGAAGAAGAAGAACGCAGUCCAAGGACUAAACGAUUCUCUUCCACAAAAGCCCAAAUGGGAUGACGCCUAUACACGGUCAUCUGUAGAACCAGAGGAAAUUCACGAGCUGUUGCAUUUCUGCACGGCAGAGCUCAAGGCGCGCGGUCUUGAUAUUCCAUUUCUUCUACUUCCCUACCGACCAACGUCCGACCCCAGUGCGGUUCGCACUUUUGUCAGACACUUUUUCGAUGAUACCUACGGCUUAAAGGGCGAGGCACUGAGCCAGGAGUUACGAAUGACCGAGCCAAUGGUCAUAUCUGGCGUCGCAAAGUGGUGCUGGAGUCGUCUCUCAGGUGGUGUUGUUGGUUGGGAUGCAUACGAGCUGUUCAAAAUUGGAGAGGGUGAUUCGCGCAUGGCAAGAGACUCCUUCAAAACAUUUAUUCCCUUGAGUGUGGAAAGCGGCUCCAGACAACGCAUCAUUUUCGAUUUCUUUGAGUUAAUAGCAGCAAUUGCUGCUCACGGCAAAUCGAAUGGUUUUGGUGGACGCCAGCUGCCUCGAAUGGCAGCGUGGUGGGCAUUCGAGCAGAAAGACACUGGCAGUGGUUUUGAUGGAGGUUACAAGGCGUGGCAAAAAGCUGCCGAUGCAACCACCCAUCUGUUUUUUGCCUACUUGCGAUCGCUGAGUCCUGAAGAAGGCCUCACAGGAAUUACUAUGCUUCCCAGGUCGCUAGAAAAGCUGCUCAAUGAAACCGAAUAUCCACCAAGCACUCCAGCUACUCUCAUAUCGAGAACUAACAAGCUGGUCAUGUUGGUCGACACGGUUUCCCCCACACCAUUCGCUCUGCUUCGCCGAGCUGGCCACUUCCAGUAUCGCGACUCGGAUCCAGCCCUGCAGCAGUUUUCUGAGUACGACGACCCGGUACAAGCAUUGACUGAGGAAUGCCUCCGAGUAUUGCGCGCAAUUUCGGCUGCAAACGAGUCGCAAGUAUCCAGUGUCAAGCACUCGACCAGCUUGCGUGACGCCUCCUGGUCGCGGUUUGAAGACAUUGGCUUUGCUGGCACAGUGGAGGAGGAGCCUCAAGUUGAAGACAACCAUGUUCAAUCACAGCUCCAUGGGCUGCGAAACGCGCCAGUAUCCGGCACCGACCUCGGCCGCCCAACGACGCCCUCGUGGGCUGACUUUCUGUCAUCGGGCUUCAUCGAUGAGACCCAGGCUCCUCCUAAUGUGCUAUUGCCGCCUGACAAGGUGCUGCCUCCCAUUGAGACUCAGAUCAGACAACAGAGCUCCCAGUCGCAUCGCCCGAGAUUGGAGACCACAGCCACUCUGCGACCGGGAGAGCUUGCCAGCAUUACUUUGGUUGACCUGGACAACGCCUUUUGGUGGGUUUGGAUGAAUAGCUUGGCUCCUGAGGAAACAUCUGAUCGUAAGUCUGCAUUUGGUCGUUGUGCCAUCAUUGAGACAAAGAUUGCUGGAGGCCGUUGGCUUGUCAUGGAGGAAAUGAUUGCAGGCGCUGCUCCAGAACCAGAUGAAGGAGCCUACAUUGCGGAAAAGAAAGGCUUUUUCAGCUGGACUAAACGCGGUAGGAGUAUGGCGCGCCGUAAGUCGGUUGGCAAGCAUGCCCUGGACCGUGGUGACAACAAUGCCUCAAACAAUUUCGGAAGCAGCAAAACGAGUGUUGGACCAGACACUCAUGCUAGAAUCCAAGCCAAAGCAGCUCAGAUGCGCGCCGUUCAGGAACAUGAGCAGCAAGCAACGUUAAGACGCGGCAGGACUGAUGAGACGGCGCCAGAGAAAACUACGAGCGUGCUUUCAUUACAGCCUAACCUUGCCCCGGAAGCGAUCUCUGCCAUGAGAUGGGCUAAGAAGUACGACAAGGGCACCAUUAAGGAUGCGUACAUGGCCAACAGCAAUGCUGGGCGUGGAGUUGCUGUUCCUACACCAACUUCGCCGCAGACCAAUGGCACUGCCGUCACCAACGGCAAUGGGCAUGUUCACGAUAAGAAACCUGAUGUGCCGGUCAAGGACGAACCCCCCGUCGCGAGUACACCGGUCAAACCGCAGCCGCCAACGCCAGAGCCAGAGACCAAGCAGAUUGACCCUCAACCUAAGGAGCGUGUUGUCGAGAAGACGCUCGAGAGCCCAGUCCCGCCCCCAAAGGAUGUCGAUAAGCCCGUCACCCCUGUGACUCCCUCGGCACUGGCUGUUGUUGAGAGUCCAUCUCCUGUGGCAAAUGCUGAUGCCUCGAAGCAGAAGGGCAUGUUCCAGGCAAACAAGGAGAAAUCCGGCUUGAGGAAGCUGUUUAAGCGCAAGAACCGUUCAUCCAAGGUGCCCGACAAUGCCGGGGCUGAUCUAGAAAGCAUGCUACGCAAGGAGCCAACUGUUGCCGAAGAAUCCUCUCGCACAUCCACCGCUACCAAGUCCAUUGUGCCAGAGGAGACCACGCCAGUGGCUACCCCAGUUCCGGAGUCGAAGGUGGACUCUAAAGAACCCCCUGCUGCUACUGAGGCCAUUUCACACACUUCCGUUGAGAAUGCAGAGCCUACAUAUGAUCCUUCAGCCAGCGAGAGUCUGACUCCUGUUGACACCCUUGAUGCAGCUGAGGCCAAGCGCGAGUUUGCUCGAUUCGAUCAAGGGCCCCUCGCUGAUCAGCCAGCUUUCGCACCCGACGAUGAUGAUGACGAUGCUACUCCACCACCGAUUGCCCGGCAUCCCAUUUCCAGAGAAGACAGUGGAAGCAAAAUUCAGGCUGACGAGCCAGUCGAAACACUCAGCCAGAGUGCCGGCCCUGGUGUCCAAGAUCGAUGGGCCCAAAUUCGUAAGAAUGCUGCGCAAAGAGCCGCUACCCGCCAGAGAGAGGAUGGUACUCGGCCCACAAAGGCCUCAGGUGAUGAUGAUGACACCAGCGUAGAAGAGACAAUUGAGUCACGCGUUGCCCGAAUCAAGGCACGCGUUGCUGAACUCACGGGCAAUAUGGAGACCGGAAACGGCCCUCAGCAGUCGGUAGCCGGGAAAUCUUAG